AUGGACGAAAAACUUGUGAAACCUCUUUUGCGUAGAGAUGUCGUAGAUGCCAUUUUUCAGAGAAUCGACGUUGAUGGUGACGGAGCGAUUUCCUUCGAUGAGUUUUUUGACAUGCUUCAUCAAUUUGAUGAGAAUGCAACUGAACUUCGAACAAAACAAGAAUUCUUGAGAGCUGAUAUUGAUCCUACUGACAACAGGGUGACUGAGGACGAGUUCUAUCAGUGGAUGAGCCACAGCCAAAACGAAAUCGUGGAACAACUCCUUGAGAGAUUUUUUCGUGAGCAGGCGAGAGAAAUAUUUGAUGAGAUUGACACAGAUAAGAACGGAGGGAUUGAUGUAAAUGAGCUGCAACUAGUGGCGAAGGCGCUGGGUUUGAAGUGGACGUAUCGACAGGCUGUUGAGGUUCUCAACACGAUUGACGCGGACAAAAACAACUUGAUAGAUUUUGAAGAAUUC